GCCCUAAACGCGCAACGGUCUGUGAUAAGCCUCAAGAGACCAUUGCUGUGUCACAUCGUUUGCGGCACCCAGUGAACCUGCGUGUACACGAGGCGUGCGCUUUUGGCGGCAUCCAGCGGCAUCGUGACAGAAGCUUGCACCCGCUCGUGAUAGCGACUGGCGUCAUAGUAACUAAUGGUGUAGAUCCUCGAGUCUCAUUAAUACCACAGCAUGUGCGCCAUUCUUCUGAGGGUUGUUGAGCUUUGUCUCAAUCGCGCUCCCUUCCCUUAUCCGGUCAUUGCCUCGUCCUCUUUCCCUUGCUUUCGACCCGAUAGCUCACUGUUUGGGCUCCUGCAGGCCCAACACGACACACGAUGCCGUCGCUAGUUACCGCAAAUGGCAACUCGGGCUUUGCACAGAGAGAUCUAGGCGUGACAAAGUUCACCAACUGCUUGCUAGUCAAGGGUGAUGACCUGGUCAACGAGGAUCUUUGGGUCAGCUCCACCAGUGGCAAGAUCUUGAAUGGACAAAAGCUCCUGUUCGAGCAUAGGACUGCCCCUGAUCAGAUUGUUGACCUUGGUGGCCGUAUUUUAUCUCCAGGGUUCAUCGAUACUCAACUCAAUGGCGCCUACGGAUUCGACUUCUCCGUUAUCCCAGAUGAGGGUGCUGCAGCCUAUGGUAAGGGCGUGCUUAGUGUCAACAGAAGUCUCAUUACGACGGGCGUAACGUCUUACCUGCCGACAAUGACCUCACAGCGCCCACAAGUCUAUCAUAAGGCACUACCAUACUUGGGGCCAUCAGGCAGCGCUCGUGAUCCGUCCCAUGGAUCCGAAUCCUUGGGCGCUCAUUGUGAGGGUCCUUUCCUGAACCCAACGAAGAACGGCAUUCACAAUGCCGCUGUCUUGCGUGAACCGGCGCGUGGCACUUCGGACUUAGCCGACUGCUACGGCUCCGCUCAUAUCGGACACUCAUCGCCUAUCAAGCUUGUUACUCUGGCACCAGAGCUCCCAGGAGCUAUCUCUUGCAUCCAUGCACUUGUAGAGAGCGGCAUCCGAGUCUCAAUCGGCCAUUCGGAGGCUACGUAUGAAGAAGCCAAGUCGAGUGUCAAGGCAGGUGCAAGCAUGAUUACGCACCUCUUUAACGCCAUGCGUCCUCUCCACCACCGUAACCCAGGUAUUUUCGGCCUGUUGGGCACACCAUCUUCCUCCAUACAUAAACCAUACUUCGGCAUCAUCGCAGACGGCAUUCAUUUGCACCCUACAUCUAUCAAGAUCGCAUGGAAUGCUCACCCAGAAGGGCUGAUCCUUGUCACGGAUGCCAUGCGUCUGGCUGGAAUGCCAGAUGGUACAUACGACUGGACCAACGGGUCGCGCAUCAUCAAGCAGGGUCCACUGCUCACGCUGGAAGAAAACGGCAAGAUUGCGGGCAGCAGCAUUCAGCUUGUGGAUUGUGUGUCGAACUUCUUGAACUGGACUGGUGCGAACGUACCUGAGGCAUUGAAAGCAGUUACGGAGACGCCGGCAAGGAUGCUAGGCAUGGAAGAUGUCAAAGGCACACUGAAGGAGGGUGCCGAUGCAGACUUGGUGGUCUUGAGCCUGGAAACUGGUACAGUGGGUAGUGAGAAGAAGAUUGUGGUCGAUCAGGUCUGGAAAUUCGGUACGAAGGUUUUCGAUGUUGCAUCCAAGGUUUGAUCGCAGGCGUGGCUCGGUUGCGGGCAAGGAUGAAAUCUACACUCGUCCUCUACCUAAUCAAGAAGCCAUUGACGACUGUUGUGCAUAUCUGGACCUCGAUCCGUAUUUCAACUGUAGACUCGCAGAUGUUUGUUCAUCAGGUAAACAAUCAAUACUUGAUGCGAGGCAGAACGCCCGAGUCAUAAGCACGUGAGCGCCUGUCACGGCCGUGCUCGCAGAUAGCUUAGCGCGUUCGAUGAUAUCAUUCUUUCGACUGGCCGCCUAGAGUGUGGCAGUCAUCGCUUUGUUGCA